GGACCAGGGCCCGGACGCCUCCAGUCGCGCCAUGGCACCAGUCGUCGUAGUCGUCGCUGUCCUGCUGGCCUUCGCCGCGCUCGGAAGCCGGGCGCAGUCGCCGGGCUGCUGGAACGAGCAGAUGGCGGACAAGCAGAGGCUCCAGUACGGCCUCAUGAUGGUCCGGCAGCAGAUCGCCAACAUGCUCACCCUGGAGUACAUCGCCGGCGUGUCGGCGCAGCUGGGCAGCCCGCUAGGCGUAAGUGGUGCUUCGCCCUACCUGAUGGCGCCGCCGCGGUCACUACACGAACACCAAACCUUGGUGCUGCCCGCGAGCGGCGGGGGCGGCGCGGGCAGCGGGCAAACCAUGGUCCUGCCGGGCAGCGGGGGCGCCGGUGUCGGAGCCGGCGUCCGACACGGGUACGGACAACAACACAUCAAGAGCACCACGUACAAGAAGGAGGUGCCCCUCAAGGACGGCUACUGAGCCACCACCACAACUCACACACUGCGCGCCACCGCUACUACCGCCACCUACCAUUAAAAGAAGGAACAACACCCACGCGCACGCGACCCCGUUGACACCCAGGCACACGUGGCCACAGCCAUGUCGGGACACCGGACUCUUCGGGGACCACACCAGGGGUACUGCUACGCUACGUUAUGCGAGGGGAAAUGAAGCACGGCUUAGUAUAGUGCA